AUGAACUGGACUCCCAUGACCAGCGGCACCGCCCGCAUCGCCGAUUUCCGUGUUCACGAGCUGUACGACGGCGGCCAAGGCCUCAUAGAGCUAACACAGCACCUACCAACGCGCGCCCUCUUCGUCGUCAAGAGCCCCAAACUGGCCAUAAAUCUGGCCUACGAGCGACGCAUGCUCUGUACCAUCGCAUCGCACCCCCACAUCGUCCAAUUCCUCGGAAUCUGGGGCGCCGAGGAUUUCGAGGACGGCGCUAGGAUACUGCUGGGCUACUGUCCUGGCGGCGACCUGUACGACUUCUAUGGCCGGGCGGUGAUGCAGACCCGCCGGAAAGGGUUGGAGGAGGAUAUCGUCUGGCACGUCCUCGCGCAGCUGGGGGACGCAGUCCACUGGCUGCACUGCCAACUUGAGCAGCCCAUCGUGCACUGCGACAUCAAGCCGGACAACAUGCUGCUGGAGCCACGCGAGGGCGCUUUGCCAGAUCUCCGACUCACCGAUUUCGGGCUCGCUAAGUUCGCGGCGGAGUCGGGACAGCGGACGGGUCACAGGCCGCUCGGGACACCCAUUUGGCAGCCUGCGGACGAAUUCAGGGAUACGCGCGAGGCGGAUAUCUGGGCGGUCGGCGCGGUCGUGCAUUGGAUGACGACGGGGCACCCGCCCGUGAGGCCGUACAUCGAGGUAGCGGGGCUGAGUGAGGAAGAACGGAGGGUGUAUGAGUGGCGCUGGGACAGCUUUAGCGAGAGGGUCGUUGAGACGAUUACGGCGCCGAGGGUCCCGGGCGAAACGGCGGAGCGAGUGUACCCGAAGUCGAUGGAUUACUGGAUGAAGCUUAUGUUGAGGAAGGAGAAGGAGAGCAGGAAGCGCGUUUCGGCGAAGGAGCUGUAUGACGGGGUGACGGUCAAGUGGUAUAGGCAGACGGAUGGGGGGAAGACGGCGUUCCAGGUACCGGAUGAGUGGUUUCCCAAGCCGGUCUUCGAGGCUGGAGACGUGUCGUCAGCGGCCGACCUAGACGAGGGCCAGCAAACUCGUGUCGAUGGAUGA